UUGACAUUUCCACACCAUAAGAUACCUAUUAAGUUGUCUCAUGAGCUUCAUAAACAAAAACUAUUGUCCAAACACAUUUUCUUCAAUCAAUCUGCCCCACUUUCUAAAGGUUAUAAGACUCACUUUUACCCACAAACUUUAGAUCAUUUCAAUUAUGGACCCACGAGUGAUACCACAUUCAGGCAAAAAUACAUCAUAAAUGAUAAAAAUUGGGGUGGCGCGAAAAACAACUCACCUAUUAUUGCAUAUUUUGGGUCUGAAGGAGCACUCGCAGAUCAGAUCAACUAUAUUACUGCUGCUCUUAAUGAUAUUGCACAAUCCUUGAAGCCUCUUCUUGUUUUUAUUGAGACUCACUUUUACCUACAAACCUUAGAUCAUUUCAAUUAUGGACCCACGAGUGGUACCACAUUCAGGCAAAAAUAUGUGAUUAAUGAUAAAAAUUGGGGUGGCGCGAAAAACAACUCUCCAAUUUUGGCUUAUUUUGGGGCUGAAGGAGCACUCGAACGUCAGAUCCGUAGUCUUGGCAGUGCUCUUAAUGAUACUGCUCACUCCUUGAAGGCUCUUCUUGUUUUGAUUGAGAUCGGCGAACGAAGGUCGGACCCUAACAGGUUUGGUGAU